CAUGAGACAAGUCGUCCUUCUGCUUAACCAGUAAACGGGAGCCUGGAUCUGGGGGAAUAUUAGUGCAAGACAAACAUCAAUGUUUGAAUCAUGUCUUGAGGCGGACUUCCAUACAUGUCAGGAUGCUCUUCAUUUGAUGGACACAGGCUGCGCCGAUUGAAUACUUCUCUCCGUGUCUGAAACGGUCGAAAUUAUGUUCCCAGAUAUUUUGUGUGUGAUAUUAUUCAGCACUAUGCGCAUCGCAUCAUCUUUGGAGCUGCAACUUGGAAUGCCAAAUGUUUGUGCUGACCAGGAGAUGUCCAUGGUGGGGGGGCGUCAGCCUUGUGUUCAGGCUUUCACCCGCACGGUUAAGGUGUGGAAACAGGGCUGCACCAGCCACAGAUGGUGUAUGGGCCACGAGAGAAGGACAUCAUACUACACAGUGUACAGGCAGGUGUACAGCAUGGAUAUGAACACAGUCUAUAAGUGCUGCCCUGGCUGGAUUCAGAAGGGUGAAGAGAAAGGCUGUCUGCAUAGGGUGUGUGGUGCCAAUACAUGUUUCAAUGGAGGCCAAUGUGCAGAGACUGGAGACCAGAUAUGUCAGUGUCCAAUGGGCUUCAAAGGAACACAAUGCCAAUAUGAUGUUAACGAAUGUGAAGUGAAUGAAGGCGGCUGUGAGGGGUACUGUUGUAACACCAUUGGCAGCUACUACUGCAAGUGUCCGGAAGGCAGUAGACUAGGGCCAGAUGGCAAGGCAUGUCACGAUGUUAAUGAGUGUGAGGAGCUCAAUGGAGGAUGCCAGCAAACAUGUGUCAACACACCGGGCUCUUAUCACUGUGAGUGCAGUGAAGGCUUCCGUAUGCACACUGAUGGCCGAACAUGCAUUGCUGUUAACUCUUGCUCGGUUCUGAAUGGUGGAUGUGAACAUAAGUGUGUGGACAUGGGGAACAACCACUACAAAUGUGAAUGUCGAAAGAACUACCACCUGAAGAGAGAUGGGAGACAUUGUGAAUUGAGGGACCCCUGUGAAGAGAGGAAUGGAGGCUGCAACCAGCUGUGUCUUUCAGAAGGCAGCCGGGUUCGCUGCAGCUGCCGACCUGGUUUUACACUGGCUGGAGAUGGCAAGAACUGUGAAGACAUUGAUGAGUGCGGUUCAGGCCAUGCCAAGUGUUCCCAUGGAUGUGUCAACAUGCUGGGCUCCUUCAGCUGUGUGUGUCAUCCAGGCUUUGAACUAGGUGCUGAUGGAAAACAGUGCUACCGCAUUGAGAUGGAGAUUGUCAACAGCUGUGAGAAGAACAACGGAGGUUGCUCUCAUCACUGUGAGCACACCACCAACGGCCCUCUCUGCUCCUGCAACCACGGCUUCCAGCUGGACCAGGACAGGAAAACCUGUGUAGAUAGUGAUGAGUGUAUCAGUGGGGAGUCCUGCUGCAGUCACUUCUGUAGAAACUACCCGGGUGGCUACGAGUGCAGCUGCAGAGCUGGCCACAGACUGAACCCAGACGGUUGUGGCUGUGAUGACAAUGAUGAGUGUGUAACAGAAACCUCAGGCUGUGAACACUACUGCGUCAACACCCUGGGAACAUAUGAGUGUUUUUGUCGACUGGGCUUCCGCUUGGAUCAGGACCAGCACUCCUGCAUUUCUCUGUAUGGCAGAGAACUGGAAGAAGAAGAGGAGGAAGAGGAUGAAGAGGAUGAACAGCUGGAGGUCCACAGAUUACCAGACCUGCUGUUUCGCAAGGCUCCUCAGCUCCUGCAGUACACAGCAGCCUUGCACUCCCGUUAUGACACUGAGGAUGAUUAUGGUAGUGAUGGUGACAGUGAAAAAGAAUUAGAGAUUCAGAGGGAGCGUCGAGGAGAGCUUAGACUGGACAGCAGCAUAGUGUGUCUUGAUGGCUCGUUUGGGGAUGACUGCAGUGUGAGCUGUGAAGACUGUGUGAAUGGAGCGUGUAGUGAAAACAGAGACAGAUGUCAGUGUUCACCUGGGUGGACUGGGAUCAUCUGCAAUGGGACUUGUCCACAGGGGACCUAUGGGCAGGCCUGUAAUAGCCUGUGCCGUUGUCAGAAUGGUGGCUUGUGUGACCCUGUGACUGGGAAGUGUUUGUGCCCCCCUGGGGUACAGGGCCUGCUCUGCGAGGAUGGUUGUCCAAGGGGUUUUUUCGGGAGGCACUGCAAAAGAAAGUGCAACUGUCCCAACAAUGGACAUUGCCAUCGUCUGUAUGGAGGCUGCCUGUGCUCUCCAGGACUUUAUGGCCGUUUCUGCCACCUGCCUUGUCCCAGGUGGACGCACGGUGCAGGCUGUUCCAAGGAAUGUGACUGUGUUCAAGAACAUUCCACUGGCUGUGACCCCAAAACAGGGAGAUGUUUCUGUAAGGCUGCAUACCACGGCCCACAGUGUGAGAAAGAGUGUCAGCUUGGCUUCUUUGGUGCAGGCUGUGAGCAGCCAUGUGACUGUCCAGGUGGAGGGUCAUGUGACCCCAGGACUGGAGAGUGCAGCCAGAAAUGUCCUGCAGGCCUUCAUGGAGAUAAAUGUCAGCUGGCGUGCCAAUCAUUGAGCUACGGCGAGAGCUGUCGUCUGAGCUGUGACUGUGGACGAGCUCCUUGUGACCCCGUAACCGGACAGUGCAUUUGUCCUGCUGGGAAGACAGGACGCUCCUGUCAUGAAGACUGCCCAGAUGGAUUCUGGGGGGUGAAGUGCCAGUCAUAUUGUCCUAACUGUGAGAACAGAGGCUCCUGCAACAAGCAGACUGGCGUGUGUGACUGCAAACCAGGCUUCAUGGGCAACCUCUGCCAAAAUGAGUGUCCCGCAGGUUUCCAUGGGCCGGGCUGUUUAAUGCGCUGUACAUGCCACCCUGAUGCUACUUGUGACCCACAGACUGGACACUGUAUCUGCCCUCCUGGCAAAAGAGGGCACGACUGUGCAACAUCAUGUGAAUCUGGUUACUGGGGGCAACAGUGCCUCAGUAAAUGCCAGUGCAAAGAGGUGUCUGUGGGCUGUGACCCAGUCACUGGUCAGUGCAUGUGCGAGGCUGGCUUCACUGGAGACCACUGUGAAAAGAAGUGUGUGAAUGGCAGCUAUGGGCAGGAAUGCGCCCAGCAGUGCCAGUGUCAGAAUGGAGCCCUCUGUGACCAUGUGAGCGGAGCCUGCACAUGCUCUCCUGGAUAUGCUGGCACGUACUGUGAAAAAAUGUGCCCGGACGGCUUUUACGGUCUUGACUGUGGCCAGAUGUGCGAGUGCAGGAACGGUGCCCGCUGCCACCACAUCACAGGAGCCUGCCUAUGCACCGCCGGCUGGGCAGGACCACACUGCAUUCUGGAAUGCCCAGAGGGUCAUUUUGGGGAGCAGUGCAGUGAGACCUGUGAGUGUCAGAACGGAGCCAGGUGUGACCACGUCACCGGGCGAUGCAGCUGCACGGCCGGAUGGACUGGAGUCCGCUGCCAACUGCCCUGUCCUGCAGGACAAUAUGGGGAACACUGUUCUAUCCAGUGCCUGUGUCAGAACGGAGGCUCUUGUGAUAGUGUGACUGGUCAAUGCUCUUGCCCGCCCGGCUGGACUGGAGCUGCCUGUGAGUUAGAGUGUGAGAGAGGACGUUUUGGAGAGAACUGCACCCAGGCCUGCAGCUGCACGAAUGGCGGGAGAUGUGACCGAGUGUCAGGGAGAUGUGUGUGUCUGCCUGGUUGGAUAGGAGAGCUCUGUCAGUCAGCCUGUUCUAAGGGAUUCUUUGGAGAGGGCUGUGAGCGGAGUUGUGACUGUGUCCAUAGUGCGAGUUGCCACCAUGUGACGGGCCGCUGUGAGUGUAUGCCAGGCUGGAGGGGAGCCAGGUGUGACAAACCCUGCCUUCCGGGGUCCUACGGUCCUUCCUGUGCCCAGCGGUGUCAGUGCCAGGCUGGGGUGUCCUGUCACCAUGAGACGGGGAGUUGCGGGUGCCCAGCUGGACUUGCAGGACCUGGCUGCGAGAAACCUUGUCCUACUGGCAUGUUCGGACAAAACUGCAGCCAGCUGUGCCAAUGUUCAGGAGACCAAGAGCAGUGCCACCCGGUGACGGGGAAAUGCAGCUGCUUACCUGGUUACUACGGGGAACGCUGUGAGCUACGAUGUCGAUCAGGAACCUUUGGGCCAAACUGUAAGUCUAGAUGCAGCUGCAUCAACGGUGGUCGCUGUGACUUCAGGACUGGGGCUUGUUACUGUCCUCCUGGUUAUAUUGGAGCUGACUGCAGCUCAAGUUGUCCAAAUGGCUACUAUGGGAAGGACUGUGUUAAGCUGUGCUCCUGUGGGGAAGGAGGUCAGUGCCACCCAGCAACCGGGAGGUGUAUCUGUGCCCCUGGUAGGAUGGGACAGUCCUGCCAACAAGCGUGUCCUAGGGGGCGCUACGGCCUGCAGUGCAGAAACACAUGCGGCUGUCAGAAUGGGGGUCUGUGCAAUCCUGUCGACGGGACUUGCAAAUGUGGACUGGGCUGGACUGGACCCAACUGUGACACAGCCUGUUUACAGGGAAAAUAUGGGCUUGAUUGUGCACAAGAUUGUUCAUGCCUCAACAACGGGACCUGCGACCGUUUUAUCGGCACCUGCAGCUGUACUGCUGGAUACUAUGGCCCCUCCUGUCAACACGGUUGCCCAUCUGGGUUCUUUGGAGUCAACUGUGCCCAUACAUGUGACUGUAAAGUAGGGCAGACAUGUGACCAUGUGACAGGCCGAUGUGUGUGUCCACCAGGCUACUAUGGUCCACAAUGCCAAAGACGGUGUGAAGCUGGCAGGUUUGGAUUGAACUGUGGACAAUCAUGUGACUGUGCUGGUGAGGCCCCAUGUGACCCAUCAACUGGACAGUGCCAAUGUCCCCCAGGAAGGACAGGACAUAAGUGUGACAAAGACUGUGGUGGAGAACGUUUUGGCCCUGGAUGCUCCCUGCUGUGCCAGUGUUCCCACAGGUCCCGCUGUGAUGGGCUGAAUGGGAGAUGCCUGUGCCCGCUCACCUGGCUGGGCCCCACCUGUGGCGAAGAAGUGCUACACCAAACCCCAGGACCGUUGAACUUUUCUGUGUCCCAAAGAAAGAGAAGAGCAGGCAGCAAAGCCACAUAACCCAAGCAGAGGUGCAGACUCCUGACUGGAUGUUCAGACACAGGGCUUGGCUCUGUGAGGCAUUACUCAGAUCAUCUCGGUAAAGGUGAUGUUUGUAAUGCUGUGUUUUUGUGAAACUGGUACUCAGCUGUCAGAAACUGGCACUCCAUCUCUGAGCCCGGAGCUCACGAUAAUCACCCAGUGGACUUGGCAUGUGAGGGGCCCUCAAAGGACCAUAAAUUCUAAACCUUUACCCCAGAAUUUCUACGGUUACACAGACCUCUUAGCAAUACACACAAAUAUCUGCGUCACAUUGUGAUGUUUGUAAUUGUUAAUUAUUGUGAUUGUUGUGUUUGUGUGAUUGUUGAAAGCAUUCAUUAAGCAUUCAUUUAAUGAACUGGUAAGGGUUCAGUUUCUUUCUUAAGGGCAUUUGGACAAGAUGUGACUAAAUCAGAGACUUUCUUGUCACUGGAGAACCUUUACAGCUGCUACCAACAUUUCAUUUUUUUCUGUUAGUCCACAAAAAAACUUGAUGGUUAGCAUAACAGAAUGCCAAGCAUAUUUCUGGUGGACAUUAAAUUCCUCUAAAACAGAUUUAGAAAUAUAUGAGUGACUUAUGUGCUUAUUUUGAAAAGGUCCAUACAGGGACUGCGGGCAUGAGGGCCACACAAAUAUGGUUCAGUAGAAGAGCCAUAAAUGGUAAAUCAGGAGAUGUUUCAUAAUAAAAUUUGUAUAUAAUAUAUAAUACUGUGCUUAAAAUGA